AUGCACUGCCACCCCCCUCCCGGACCCUUCCCCCUGCUCUGCCCUCCCCUCCCAGACCCUUCCCCCUGCUCUGCCCACCCCUCCCAGACCCUUCCCCCUGCUCUGCCCACCCCUCCCAGACCCUUCCCCCUGCUCUGCCCACCCCUCCCAGACCCUUCCCCCUGCUCUGCCCACCCCUCCCAGACCCUUCCCCCUGCUCUGCCCACCCCUCCCAGACCCUUCCCCCUGCUCUGCCCACCCCUCCCAGACCCUUCCCCCUGCUCUGCCCCCACCUCCCAGACCCUUCCCCCUGCUCUGCCCCCACCUCCCAGACCCUUCCCCCUGCUCUGCCCCCACCUCCCAGACCCUUCCCCCUGCUCUGCCCCCACCUCCCAGACCCUUCCCCCUGCUCCGCCCCCACCUCCCAGACCCUUCCCCCUGCUCCGCCCCCACCUCCCAGACCCUUCCCCCUGCUCCGCCCCCACCUCCCAGACCCUUCCCCCUGCUCUGCCCCCACCUCCCAGACCCUUCCCCCUGCUCUGCCCCCACCUCCCAGACCCUUCCCCCUGCUCUGCCCCCACCUCCCAGACCCUUCCCCCUGCUCUGCCCCCACCUCCCAGACCCUUCCCCCUGCUCUGCCCCCACCUCCCAGACCCUUCCCCCUGCUCUGCCCCCACCUCCCAGACCCUUCCCCCUGCUCUGCCCCCACCUCCCAGACCCUUCCCCCCCGUUCUCCCCCUCUCCCUGACCCGUUCUCCCCCUCUCCCUGACCCGUUCUCCCCCUCUCCCUGA